AACUUCAACACUUGCCCGAAGCACAAGCAUGAAACUUUUGUGCGUCUUACUUUUGUCGGUUGUUGCCGUCAGUCAUGCCUUGAACGGAUUUUCCACAAAUUUCCGUACAAAUUUGCAUCGUGAGCCAUUUUAUCAGUCGCCCGUACGAAGCAAUGCUGUCGAAACGAAAUGGAUUGAGCAAAAAUUGGACAAUUUCAAUGAAAGUGAUUCACGUACGUGGCAAAUGCGGUACUUGGAAAAUGCCGAACAUCACAAACCCGGCGGUCCCAUGUUCAUUUAUGUCGGCGGCGAAUGGACUGUCUCACCGGGAUCCAUUUCCGGAGGACAUUGGUACGACAUGGCGAAGGAAUUGAACGGAAUUUUGUUCUACACGGAGCAUCGUUACUAUGGCAGUAGUCAUCCAACGGCUGACAUGUCUUACAAGAACUUGGAAUGGUUGAGCGUUGACCAAGCUUUAGCUGAUUUGGCUCAUUUUAUCACGGCAAUGAAGAAAACUCGUCCAGAAUUGAAAAAUUCAGGAGUUGUCAUGCUCGGAGGAUCUUAUUCCGCAACUAUGGUCACGUGGUUUAGACUGAAAUAUCCACAUCUCGUUGACGGAGUUUGGUCCUCAAGUGCUCCGUUGUAUGCAAAAAUGGAUUUUGUCGAGUACAAAGAGAUCAUGAGUGAAGCCAUUCACUUGGUUGGAGGCGAAAAAUGUCACGAAAUCUUCCGUGAAGCUUAUGCGGAGAUGGAAAAACUUGUCGCUGAAGGAAACCCAUCACGCAUUAACGAUGAACUUAAGUUAUGUUCACCAUUGAACACUACAAACCAAUUGGAUGUGUGGAAUAUGUUCAGUGAACUUUCCGAUAAUGUUGCUGGAUUGGUUCAAUAUGCCACUGUUGCAUCAAUCGAAAACGCCUGUGACGCUUUAAUGAACCCUCGUUACCGGGACGCUCUUGAAGCUUAUGCUGCUUGGACCGUCGGAAGACUCAAUGGCAAAUGUUUCAGUCACGAAUAUUCUGCUUUUGUCAACAAUUUACGUCAAACGAAGUGGAAUGAUGAUGCUAUGCGACAAUGGAUGUACCAAACAUGCACCGAAUUUGGAUGGUAUCAGACCUCGGGAUCUCCCAAUCAACCAUUUGGCUCGAGUUUUCCCAUUGACUUGUACAAGUUGAUGUGUCGUGAUAUCUAUGACGAAUCAUUAACAUCUAAUCAAUUGGAAGCAAAUGCACAGAGAAUCAAUGCUUUGUACGGAGGACUUACGCCAAAUAUGACAAAUGUGUAUUUUACGCAUGGGCAACUCGAUCCAUGGAGAGCUAUGGGACGACAAGUUGAUUUGAAUGAAGAUGCGAUGGCAGUUGUGAUUCCAUUAAUCGCUCACGUUGCUGACACCGGCUCUCUCUCAAGCGAAAAUAACCCCGAAUUAAUCGACAGCAAGAAGCGCAUUCAAGGCUUGGUCAAGCAAUGGUUAAAUGUCAAAAGUCAUUUUGCCUAAAAAUUUGUCGUAACUUCUGAUUUCUUAAUAAAAAAUGUAGAAAAAUGUCCCUUUCCUCUUAA